AUGCCCUUGACUCAAGGAUUUGGCGGCUACGCCACGCGCUUCGUGGACACGGCACUCGGCUUUGCGACUGGUUAUACCUACUUCUUCAAGUAUAUGAUUGGGACAGCCAAUCAGCUUUCAGCUUUUGCUCUCAUAAUGAGGUACUGGGUGGGUGACAACGUAAACCCAACCGUCCUUAUCACAGUUACACUCAUUGCAAUAAUCCUCAUCAAUAGCGUGAAUGUGCGGACAUUUGGUGAGGUGGAAUUUUGGAUCUGUCUGCUCAAAGUCUUCACUAUGGUGGGGAUUAUUCUCCUACUUUCCAUUCUCGCCGUUGGCGGCGGCCCGUCGGGGGGUCGACCGGGCUUUCGAUACUGGCGCGACACCGGACCCAUUGCCGAGUUCAAAGUAAAGGGAGACAUCGGCCGCUUUUUGCGAGUGCUGUCAGUUCUCUUUCUCGACAUGGUGGUCCCCUGUAAUUCCGAGGCGCUCGCAUUCGCAACCCAUGUCAGCAAAUCCGCCGCCGCGUCGCCUUUUGUGGUGGCCAACAAGGCUGCAGGAAUUAUAGGCCACGACUAUGUCAUCAACAGCUGCAUCGUUCUGUUCGUUCCCUUAGUUGCUAACUCGGACUCUUAUAUCGCUUCCCGAGGACUCUGUAGCAUUGCUGCCGAUGGAAAGGUCCCACCAUUCUUACCCGCACAACUAGGAAUAGAGUGCCUUGGGUUUCUGUCAUUAUCUGCACUCUGA